AUGAAGGCCCAUAGCCUCUUGUUGGCAAUCGCCUUCAGCGUGGAGUGCGCCCAGUCACUUCGCAAUAUCGUCUAUUUCGAUCAAUACCAUACCACCACUCUACCGCCACGCACCGUUACCGCCGGCAUUACCCAUGUCAUCAUGGCUUUUGCCAAUUCUUCCUUGUUUGUUGGUGACACGCCCGGGCAAUACACACCAUUCAUGCCAGUCGACGAUGUUCGUGCACUGCUUGACGAGCAUGCUCAAGUUGGCAUUGCGAUUGGCGGCUGGGGCGAUACAGCUGGGUUUGGUGAGGGUGCUAAGACUGAUUCGUCACGCAAAGCAUAUGCCAAGAAUGUUGCAACAAUGCUAGAUACUCAUGGGUUCGACUUUUUGGACGUCGAUUGGGAGUAUCCAGGUGGCAAUGGCGAUGAUUACAAGAAAGUCCCAAACGCGAACAAGACUGAUGAAAUCGUAACAUUUCCUCUGUUACUCCAAGAAAUCGGCACCGCCAUCGGCAACAGAACUCUUUCGAUUGCCGUCCCAGGGCUCAAGAGAGACAUGAUUGCCUACACGCGCGAGCAGUCGACAAAGAUCUGGAACGCGGUGGACUUCGUCAACAUCAUGGCAUACGACCUCAUCAACCGUCGCGAUAAUGUUACCAAGCAUCACACAGACGUGGAUGGAUCUCUUGCGGCCGUUCAAAAUUAUUUGGAUCUGGGUCUCUGCGCCUCCAAGAUCAACCUUGGCUUUGCCUUCUAUGCCAAGUACUUCCAGACCGAAGCAGGGGUUAACUGUACCGCAACGCCAGUCGGAUGUCCAAUCAAGAAGGCUGAGAACGACGACGGCAGCGAUGCAGGCACUAGCGGAGCUACCACGUUCGAGACUGCCAAUGUCGCCCCUCCCCUGCCCCCCACGAACCUUACGACAACUUCGGAUGGCACCUGCGGUGCUAGCACAUAUUUUACCUGUGCAGGUCACGCUGAAGCCCCUUGCUGUAGCCAGUACGGCUUCUGCGGGGCGGCAGACGCUUUCUGUGGUGCUGGGUGUCAGUCUGGCUAUGGCAACUGCACAGAUACUGGACGUACGACGGCUGAGUCUUUUGUUGACGCCUUGAAGUCAGGCUGGACUGAUGAGAAGGCUGGUGGUCAAUGGUGGUGGGAUGAGGAGGCCGAGUUGUUCUGGACCUUCGAAACCGUGGCUUUAAUCCAACGCAAGUUCAAAGAAAUUGUUACCGCAAAGGGACUCGGAGGUGCGUUUUCUUGGUCUUUGGGCGAAGACAGCUAUGACUGGAGCCAUCUUUUGGCUAUCACUGAAGAAGUCAACAAGACAGAGCAGCAGGCUGCUGGGUAG